ACAGUGCUGGUGCGUAGAUGCAGAUGCCCUAUCAGCAACAGUGGAAGCAGCAAUAGCAAAUGCAAGUUUAUUCUAGUAAAUUCAGUAGAGUCACUAACUGUCAGGGCGUCUUCUUUUAUAGGAUGACUCUAAUUGCUCGACAAUUGGAUACCAUUUGCGUUACGAUGAACCACUAAUCUCGUCACUAAGGCCCGGAUGGUUCAAGACGAACAGAGCUAUCAGAAAAAUAACAAUCAUGGGACAAAAUGCAUCAUUAAGGGACAUUGAACCUGACGCAUUUAACGAUUGUACGUUUCGAAAAAUGACGGAGUUAGUGAUUAAGUAUACCGUCAUUCCGCUGCUGAAAAAAGGAGUGUUUGAAGGAGCAAGUAGUUUGAAAAAGUUGACUUUAGAUGAGAACGGUUUCAUGCGUACGAUUGAAGAAUCCACGCUAGAUCCGUUGUAUCAAUUGGAAGAAAUUAAGAUGAUCAAGCAGCCACAAUUCGAAAACUUAUUCAAUCUUACAGGAAGCACACAAUUGAAACAUGUGACCACAUUAACAUUGAAUUCGAACAAAUUUAUUUCAUCGAUCGAUGCAGAAACGUUUAAGGGAUGCAUCAGUGUUGAAUCAAUAAAUUUAAGUACUUCGUCAAUUGAGACGAUUGGAGUCGGUACAUUUGAUCACAUGGCUGCCACAAUUCGAUAUCUUGAUUUGAGGGACAAUAAGCUAACGCAUUUGCCUAGCAAUUUAUUGGCACCUCUAUCUCACCCAGACAUUGACAUUUUUUUGUCGAACAAUCCGUGGCAUUGUGAUUGUGAAUCUGUGGAGUUGCAGUUGUGGUCUACCAGUAAUUCAGGUGUGAUUGCUGAUUGGCCAUUGGUGUGCGACAUUCCAAAGGGAGAAAAUAUUAGUGACGUGGAUCUAAGCUCAUGUGAAGAAACAACUAUUGAACCAACUACAGAACCACCUACAGAACCACCCACAGAACCACCUACAGAACCACCCACAGAACCACCUACAGAACCACCUACCGAACCAACUACAGAACCAACUACAGAACCAACUGCAGAAGACAGUUCUGAAGAAACAUCUGACUCCACCACCGAAAGCUGGUCUACUACUUUACAACCGCCAUCCACAGAACCUUUGGAGUGUGUAAAUGAAAAACAUGUCCCUUCAGGCACUAUUCACCUAGGGAAGGUCUAUCAAUACUUUAAUAUAAAACAAGUAGAAAUGGGAGCAGUUUCGAUUGAAAUCACUGCGCCCGAUCAUAAUUCCUCUUUGUCAAUGGUGGUCAUAAACGACAAAGACGAUAUUCAAUGUCGAUACAAUGUCAGCCGACAAAUGACCUUCAACAAUUUGGAUUCGAAUGCAGCACAUCUCUUUUGUUUAAUAAGGAAAACGUCCGAGGCAACGUCUCCGCGAAACUGUUAUCCGUUUAACUUCGACGACACCAAAUCAAUUUGGGGUCACGAUGAAAUAAUAAUUGCUUUGGUUUGUUCAAUAGUCUUAUCGUUGGUCGUUGGUCUACUGUGUGGCUGGCUGUUGGAUCGUCGGUAUCAGCGAGUAUUUAAAGCAAAGGAGUUACUACAAUAUCAACCGUCAAGCAGAACAUCUUCAAGUAAAACUUCGACAGAGAUCGAAGAUUUCAACUCAUCCAUAACAACAUCCAACUACUUUGCUGGAAGGAAUGGUUCCGUUAAUCUAGGUGCUAACACGAAACGGUUGAGGCGUACGUAUUCUGACAAUAGCAUCGCCAGUUGUAAAAGCUACAUAACGGCAGUAGCUCCAUCGCCAUUCGAAAUCAUACAAUGGAAAUUACGUAAAAAUCCGGUUAAUUCUAACGACACCUAUCUUAAAGACUACGUGGAUAAGAAUGAAUAUGAUUGUUUGCCACCACCAUUACCACCAUAUCCCAAUCGGCGUAACAGCGAUAUUUAUGAAACAAUAGCUGAGCCAACUUAUAUAUGUCCAUCAUCAGGUGAAAUUGAUCCUUAUAGUCAAAUAACUUAUGCGUCACGUUAGGUAACUGUUAGUACCUACAUAUUCAAAAUGUAAGUCGAAGUGAUUGUUGAAUAAAGUGGUUAGUUCAUGGUAG